AUGACGGGGACGUCCACGGAUAUGGAUUUGACCAACCCGUUAUCCGGAAAGUUUAAUGAGAAAGAACUGAUGCAUGGCUUGAACGAUCGCCUUGCAGGAUUCAUAGAUAAGGUGCACCAGCUGGAGUACCAGAAUCAUCUGCUAGAGAGAGAAAUCGAGGGGAUCAGGGGGGAAGCGAAACCCGCAUCCUGCCUGCAGGAGGAGUAUGGACCAGAGCUCACGAAACUGAGACAGAUUGUUCAGGAUAUUACUCAUCAGAAGCAUCAGAUUGAAAUUGAGCAUCAGAAUUUAGAGGAAGAAUUAUCUAAGUUGAGAAAACAAUAUGAACAGGAGGCGCGCAGCAAGUCAGAUGUCGAGAGAAAUAUUAUGGUCCUGAAGAAUGACAUCGGUGAUGCCUAUCAGGCGAAACUACAGCUGGACAAGAAAGCGCAGUCUCUCGUGGACGAAAUUCACUUCCUGAAGAGAAACCACGAGGCCGAGGUGUCAGAGAUGUUUGACCAGAUCCAGGAUCUGCAGGUGACCGUCAAGGCGCAUGAAUUUGGCAUCCCUGGCGUCACUGCGGCACUCCGGGAUAUCAGGACACAGCUGGAAGGUCAUGCUGUGACCGACGUCCAGCAGGUAGGAGAAACUUUCCGAUCUCAGUUUGCAAGACUAACAGAGGCGGCUGAGUCCAAGAGACAGGCUCUAAAGGCGACCCAGCAAGAGAUCCAGGAGUACAGGAGGCGCCUGCAGGCCAAAACCAUCGAACUGGACUGCGCUAAAGGCACCAGGGAAGCGCUGGAGAAGCAACUGCAUGACGUCGAGGAUCGCCACAAGGAGGAAAUUAUCCACUAUCAGAACACAAUCAAAGAACUUGAAAAUGAGCUCAUAAAUUGUAAAUUUGACAUGUCUGGUUACCUGCGGGAGUAUCAGGACCUAUUAAAUGUGAAGAUGGCCUUGGAUGUGGAGAUACUGUCUUACAGGAAACUUCUCUGUGGUGAAGAAGCUCGGCUAUCCACAGUGUCAGACACCCACAUCUCCUUGCCCUACAUCUACCACCAGUCCCCCAUUUACACCCUCCCCUGCUUCAGCCGACCAGGUGGCCCCCACAGACGAACAGAGCCCCAGUACAAGUUUGUAGAAGAGAUCAUAACGGAGACCACGAGGGAGAUUGAGAUGUCAGAAUUUGAAGAGACAGGAUCAGAGGAGACAGAAGCAGGAAAAGAUGAGCAGGAGUGUGAAAAAAGGGAUAGAGGGGGCAGUGAGGAGGAGGAGGAGGGGGAUAAUAAAGACAGUCGAGAGGAACAAAGUGAGCAUAUGUCUGAUAGUCAGCAGAAUCAAGGAGCAGAAGUAGGAAAUUUAGUGAGUGGAGAGGAUGAUAGGGAUAGAGAAACUCCCGGGGAGGGGGAUGAUGGUGAAAAAGGUCAAAAAACAAAAGAAGAGGCAGAGGAAACUGAAGCAGCUGACAGUGAAUGGGACAGUAGCAUAGAUAAAAAUACUGAAAGCAAAGUUUUAUUAAGCAAGAGCCUUGAUGAGGAAGAAAGUGAGCAGCACAAAAAAGUAGCUGAAAACAUGAAAGAAGAGAAAGAAGAUCCGGUGACAAAGGUAACAGCUCAGAAAGAAGUCUCUUCAAAACCAGAUGAUUUAAAGCCAGAGGUCACUGUGAAGGAUGAACCUGGGAAUGAUAAAAAAGAAGAUGCUCAGAAAGAGAGUUUUGUCUCAGUUCAAGUAAAACACCCAGUUAAUGAGACUUUGGCCCAAGUGUCUAAAGAAUCAGACAAAACUCAAAAGCUGAGCGGUGCCCUUCAAGUGCACGAUAAGAAAACCACAGACUUGACACCAGAGACAAAGAGCACCCUUUCCAUUGAGACAGAAGGGCUUUCAGAAAAGGCUCCAGUAACUUCAAGUACAACUCUCAAGGGGGAGGAAAAGGAAAAGAGUAAUACAGAGCAAAAGGAAAUGACCAAAUCUGAAGCUGCAAAAAGUGAAGACAAAGUGGCUAAAAGCCUUGAAGAUGCCGCACGUGAUAGCAAUAAAAUCCAAGAUAAAGAGUCGUCUCUAAAAUCUGAUGUGAAAAGUCUCCCUGAAGUUGAGGAUCAGAAGCCAAACAGCGGAGUCAAAACUGAAACAGAUCAAACCGUGUUGCCGAAUGAAAAGAAGACUACCAGUGCAGAAAUCAAAGAGCUACAUCAGAAGGCACCAGAAAACAGUCAGGUUCAGGCAUCAGAGCUCACUGCAGGGUCAGAGAAAACAAAUGAUCUUCAAGGUAAACCUGCGGAGGUAGAGAGUAGUAAGAAAUAAGAGGGAAGUGUACAAGAAACUAAACAGAGGGGAUAUUUGAGGUUGCAGAGGAUGCUAGGAUAAAGGAUAAAACAGAAGCUGAUUUGCAAAUAUAAGGGACUGGAAGCGUUAAACAGAGAAUGGCUUAACUAACGCACAUGCAAAUUCAAGGCAUGAGCUGAGCAAAGA